AUGACAGAAUACGAAAGAAACUUCAAUUGGGAAAAGACCUGGCUGGCAGCACCACCUCGGCGUGGCGAACAGCAGCCGAAGGCUGAACCACAUUUCCAACACAGACGGCGUGUCGGCCCGACAGAUACCUUCACCCUGCGAAGCCAUUUCUCUCAACCGCGGGGCGAUGAUGACUACUUUCUGCUAGGCAGGCGG